AGGAGCGGCGACCGCUCUUCUUGCAGACACACUAUAACGUGGCAGAACCGUGUCGGAACAAGUUGACAUUACACGAAGGGGGUAAGGUCAUCGAAACAAGCAUCACCAAUAAACAACCUUCUACAUCAUUUAGUCGAGGUGGACACUGUAGAUAACACGAUCUUCGUGCGACCACUGUGGUGGUGCCACAACACAUGAAAGCCAGCUUUACAGGUAUCAAAAGAACAUGGUACUGCAGUUGUCGGGGGAAAGUGCAGCGGCAAAGUGUCGGAAAUUUUGAGAAAAAGCGAAGGCAUUAUCGCUGUCGUUGCUUACUUAUAAGUUGCUCAGGGUACAGUAAGCAGAGCCUCGUUUCGAUAGAGGGGUGAUCAGAAGCUAUGUCGGCAAUAAGGAUAAUAAUCGAUUUAUGGUUACGCACAACCACACUUUACAAGAAAGUGACUUGCGACGUAAUCCGAAAUUGGUUGUGCUCGCUUCACCCGGAAUGCCGGUCAAGUCUCAGCCAAAACACUCGGCAUAGUAUUGAGCGCCAUGCGUCCUCCUCAUUAUUCAAUUUACCCAACGCCAACAACUUCCACCAUCUUUCGUUCUCCAACCCCGACCAAGAUGACUAAAGUCGCCAUUGUCUUCUAUUCCACCUUUGGUCACGUUACAAAGAUGGCGUCUGCAAUCCAGAAGGGCAUUCAAACGGUGCCGGGUGUGCAAGCUCAACUGUACCAGGUGAAGGAGACGCUCAACGAAGAAGUGCUCGCUAAGCUACACGCGCCACCGAAACCCGACUUCCCGAUUGCCACUCCGGACGUGCUGAAGAAUGCCGACGGGAUCAUGUUAGGUUUCCCAACGCAUUUCGGCAUGGUACCGGCCCAGAUGAAGGCGCUUUUCGAUGCGAGCGUUGCUUUGUGGGUCAAGGGUGAACUGAUUGGCAAACCCUGCGGUAUCUUCUUUAGCUGUGGAUCGCGAGGUGGGGGCCAAGAGGUUUCUGCGAUGAGCACCACGCCGUACAUCGCGCACCUCGGCAUGUUGUUCGUGCCGUUGGCAUUGAAUGGGAAAACCAUCGAAGGUUCCGAUGAGAUGCACGGCUGCAGCCUGUGGGGCUCAGGUACUGUUGCCGGCCACGAUAGAUCGCGUCAACCAUCGGCGCUGGAGUUGAAGGUGGCCGAGAUGCAAGGCAAAAAGUUCGCUGAGAUCACCAAGAAGUUGGCGGCGUAG